UAAAACAAGCGAGGAAGGAGUGGAUAUAUCUAGAGAGCCGUGAGAAGGCGUGAGAGGAAAAAAAAAACAUUUCUCCAACUGUCUCUCUCCACACCGGGCCGACCGACCAUCGGCGAACCCCAACCUUAGAAGGUGCGGUGGGCGAACGGCGCCGGUUUGACUUCUGGUCUGUUCAGAAGAGCAAGGCUCUUGUGGCAUGACGACGACAAACAAAGGAAAUAAAGCCUUGAAGGUGAAGCGCGAGCCGGGGGAGAAUGGCACCAGCCUCACAGACGAGGAGCUGGUGACCAUGUCAGUGCGGGAGCUGAACCAGCACCUCCGAGGGCUCUCUAAAGAGGAGAUCCUGCAGCUGAAGCAACGGCGGCGUACCUUGAAGAACCGGGGCUACGCCGCCAGCUGCCGGGUGAAGCGAGUUACCCAGAAGGAGGAGCUGGAGAAGCAGAAGGCCCAGCUGCAGCAGGAGGUGGACAAACUGGCCAAUGAGAAUGCUUCGAUGCGCGUUGAGCUGGAUGCUCUGAGGUCUAAGUACGAGGCGUUACAGACGUUCGCCAGGACCGUGGCACGGAGCCCCAAUGUCGGGGUUGGGGUUCGGGGUGGAGGGGGAGGAGGAGGGGGAGGGGUGCCAUCGUCAGUCAUUGGUCCACUCAUACCGGGGAAGGUGGCAACAGCGACGAGCGUGAUCACAAUAGUGAAGUCAAAAACAGAUGCACGGUCUUGAGGGAGGGAAAGAUAGUUGAGGGUGGAGUUCAGCUGCAGCAGAGUAAUUCCCCUUCUCUGCCGGCCACCUCUCCUCCACCUGCACUGACUUCAAACAGCUGGGCAGUCUUGAUCGCAUCGCCUCAGCGUGUUCCCGUCACCUGUCUCUCAGACCAGUGCAGGUGUAGGAAAGCAUGGAAGCAGAGGAACCACUGAGACCAUAAAAAAGGUAGCCCUUGGUCAGCGCAUGAACAUUUAGCACAGGAGAGAUUCACAGGGUUCCUACGGUCACAAACAAUUUGAGAUUAGUUUUAUCCCAGGCCAUGGAGAAAAAAAAUCCCCAUAACAGAAAUGCCCAAAACACUCUGGAAAAAUCAUGCAAUAUCUUUCAGUUGCCAUUUACAUCAGUGAGGUGUUCAGUGUGGAGUUUUGCUGCUGGUAGAUCUCUAGAUAUCUGUGAGUGCAUAAUAGUCCCGUCACACAUUUCCACACUAGAUUUAAAGUGGUAUCUUGCCUGAACCAAGAUGUAUUAGAAUCAGAAAGAUGGUAUUACUGUAUUAGUACGGUAAAGUCAUUGGAUUACAUUGACACAGACAGUGUUGGGUCCCUGAGUUCCAAAAAGAAUACACAAGAUUUCUUGUGAGCUGCACAGAAGUCCCAUCUCGCUCCACCCAGCCAAGAACUUUUUCAGAAAAGUACUAUAGAAAAUAUAUAUUACACAAUGGUGGUAACUGUAUUUCUACUGUUUUGUACUGUGUUGUCAUUCACAUGAGGUCCAAAGUGUAUUCUCUGUGUGUCGAUUGUUAUAUAUCAGGAAUUCUGUGAAAUUCUGUGGCGCGUGUUUGUUUUGGUAUUGCUAUAUUUAGUUAGCUGUACUUUUUCUACGGUCUCUUCACUUUCUAUGUCCAGCUCUCUCUCUCUACCUGUUCUUUCUGUGUCCUUCCAUUUUUCAAUUCCAACUGGUUUCCAGUUAUCACAGGUAGUACUUCCUGGAUCCGAUAGAAAGAGGGGCAGCAAUUGAUAAUUCCCAACAAAAUACAAAACAAAACAAAAAAACAAACACACCAGGCCAUAGAGGAAAGAAGGUAAAGAUACCGAAAGCCGCUGACCUUAUCUCAGUUUGUAAGAUUUUUCAGGGAAAUGGUAGUAUGAACGGCAGAGCUGACGAGAUAAAGUCAUCUGUUUGAAUUCCUCUCAAAAUACAUUGACGAUAAUUGGAAGGGCAAGUGCCUUGGUCUCCUACUGAUAUGCAUCACGAAGAAGUCAAGAGGACGUGAAGAACUGUGGAGAUUCAUUGCGGGUGUUUGCUUAUACCUGUGCUCAAUGGGAUACACUGACCAAUCAGGAAUCAGGUUGUGGCAGCAUUUAACCCUCGCUGUGCAUUGUUAUAUGAGCUGUGUAGUGCCCAUCAGGAUUAAUAAUACUAAUAACACCCAUUUAUGUGACUUGCCGGUUCUUUUACUUAAAGGAAAAAAACAAACAAAAGGAGUCUGCAGAACAGGAGCCUGUAUUCAUCCCAGUUUUCUUUGCACAGAAUAUGCUUUUUGGAAAGGUAAUGUCCACAUAUCUGUCUUAUGUUAACUCCUUGGUUCACAUGUUUUAGAAUUUGAUUGGUUACUGACUCAGAAAUCUAGGUUAUUACACCUACAGCAAAAUGUCUCCAAAUCAAAGUGGUUUAUUUGCCCUUCCUCUUGCUUCCAACCACAAAGCUCACUGUGCGAGUGCAGACGUGAUUACUGACAGCGCAGUCAGCUCGCAGCGAUAUGUCUCUGAACCUCCAGUCACACAAAUGGGAUGUCAUUUCACAUGAGUUUUACCAUAAAAGUAGUCUUAUGUGGUGUUCUAUACUCAAAGAAUAUUUGUCUAUGUAUGGUAGAGUCUGGAAUUUUAUAAAGACAAUUAUCUUUGCAUUGUUUGUAACGACAUGUAAAAAAAAAAAAAAAAAAAGGAAAAAAAGGUAUAACAAAGUCUGUUUGAUAUACAGUAUCUCUCUAUUUUGCAAUUGUACCAAAAGUGGCUUAACUACUGAAUAGCUUUGUUUUUCUCUAGUGACUAGGCACGUGUGUGUAACCGUGAACUAGCGUGUGGUGUGUGCUGUGUAGGUAUGUGACGAGGUAACUAUAACGUUCACUAUUUCAUGGAUAUGACUUUGAUCAUUGUUUAAUUUCAGGCCGAAGCGGGUGAUGACACUGUGGGUAACUGCACUCUUCCUCUAAUCAUCAAAUCUUUGUCCUCCCGGCCCCGUCACUCAGCUCCAGCACUGCAGACAGUCUUAUUUGCACUCAUGAUUUGUACGUUGUACUUUCUUUGGCAGACCCAUUUUCCGUAUUUCUGAACAGGCCUCUGUGGCUUUGUUUUGGUCCGCGCAAGCGCUCAAAGCUCAUCAUUGCAGAUAACAUGCCAGAUGAGACGAGGUGUUACGGUUAAACCUCACAAGCUUCAUGAUAUUGGGCGUUCAGGUCAUCAGGCGAGGUAACGGAGAUGUGAAAGCUACAAAGGGCCUCCAUGGCUGCACCACCCCUAUUCCUUAUUAUUAUGUUAUUUUUGUAGCGUGCAAUGAAGGUAUUUGUUUUUGCUGUGUGCAUUUUAUAUUGUUAUGUAUAUAUGAUAUUGUUCCUGUUUUGUUUUUGAACUGUCCUUUAAGUGUCAGGAAAGUGAAGCAAAUUUGUUUAUGUAUUUGGUGUUUUAAGAAGUGAAAACCCGUAUUUGCUAUUUAAUGGUUUGUCUGUCAGAGUUAGGUUUACCUUAUAAUGUACAAUUGCCUCAAACAGUUUUUUUUAGGGAAGGAAAAUCUGAUUUGAAUUGAGUCAUUUCCUGAAAAGGAAACAAUUUACGAGGAUAAAAAAAAAAAAUAAACGGUACAUACAUGCAGCCUGUCACCUGAACCGCUACUUUUCCACUGUGAAGACGAGGAGGUUAGCGAGCCUACUGCUAUGCAGUUAUUAGGACAAGCAAGGCAUGAAAGCAAAGGCAUUGGAAGGGUUUGAGGUUUUAAAAUAUUAUUUCUCUAUUAUCUAUUUUACGCUGAUAACCAUUCGCACAUUCAGUCAACUGUGAAAUCAGAGAGCAACAAAUGUCAAAUGAAAAUGUCUGAUACAUUACCACAAGACUCCGUGGUAUUCAGCUACAAGCAAGUAUUAGGUGUCACACUCAGUAUAUUUAUACUCCAUAUUUUAAAAACCAUGUCCUGUUUUGUUUGGUCAGAAUUAUCUGACUUUCCACUGCUUUUUGUUUUUGCAUAUAUAUUCUCUCCUCUGUCAUUGUGUUGCUUCCCGUCUGUCUUUACAUUUGCUUUUUGAAUGGUGUUUUCUGCUGGCAAGUCCUGUGUUGUGUGUGUGUGAGUGUGUGUGUGUGUGUGUGGUUACGGUGGAAUAAAAUGAGAAGAAACGCACGAAUCCUGCUAAGAUGAGGUUGCGUCAAGUUGAAGAAAAAUUUGAAGCUUCUCAGUGCUUGUCAAAAUGUCCGUGCUGUAUGUGCCACUGUCAGACAAUGUGUCUCCACCUAGUCUGUAUUGAUGCUCCUCUCGUUUAUAAAUGAUGCAUAGUGUGUAAACGUGUUAACAUGGUGGCUUCUGUCUUAAUAGACCUCUCUAAUUAUGCAAAGUGUGUAGGGCAAACUUAGACCUCCUACCACACAGGAGCGGUGAUGCUAUCGUAGCCGUUGUGUCAACUUGUCUGUUUUAUAAUUGCAGGUACAGCGUGAUGUGACGCCGUUUAAGAGCUUAUAUACAUAGUGUUCAGCAGUUUGUACUUGAUUAUAAAUGCCAGCGCCAGUUUGUCUGUCUUUGUUCAAAUCAGACUGUUUUUUCAAUGUCGCUUAACAAAUAACUGUGAAAGCAUGAAAUCAAAUAUGUUUUACCCAUUUCCAAUUGAGAAAAAGACUGAAUGCAAAAUAUACUGUAGCUGUCACGCAGAGCCUGCUGUUGAACUGAACAAUAUGACUUUUAUCCUCCUGACUUCGUGAAUAUUUUGUGGUUGUAGUAGAGUCUGGGCGUUAAGUCCCUAAACAGAACCAUCACACUUUCACUCAGCAGACAUGAUCAGCUGACAACAGUGACCUUUAGUGGUUAUCAGACAGGGCAGCUGAGGGGCUUUUCAUAACAGAGUUUAAGAGCUCGUAAGACACGCUGACCUUAUUUUCCGCUGCCUGUACAAGGGUCAUGCCCUCCUUAUGAAAAGACAUUUCAUCACAAGCAACUGCUCCUAAACCACAGCUAUAAAUAUUUUACAAAGGCAGGAAGGAGUGGUGGAGAUGCAUCUGAUAAAACUCUUAACCAUGUCCCACUCCACGUAUCAUAUCCCCUUUUUACAAUGUGUCAGCGAGUUAGCUCAGCAGGCUUCCAGGCCCUUCUUCAUCACAUCCGCCUCUUUUCCAAGAUGCAAAUCAUUAACUCCUUAUCUCGCUGCUCGGUCAGUCCGCGUGUGUCGUCACUCAGUUGUUUUCCUGUCGAGUGAAUCACGCCACCGCACUCUAAAAGCCCUUUCACCCACCUCCAAUCCCGAUCGAUGAGAGUAAAUGAACCAAGGAUUGCUUUGAUCGUUUGUUUCAUGUUUUCGUCAAUAACAAUGUUUGCUUUGCCUCCGAAGUUACCUUCCCUCUGCUGCUCGCUCUGACUCUCAGUUGUUCAGCCUCUAACAUAACAUUCUUACGCAGGUUUAGCUAUCACAUCACACUUAUUUCGAUUUUUUGACCAUUUUUUCCCCCCAUCAAACCACACGUGUCUGCUGGUGAGCGUUCGGCCAGGUUACUCAUGGGAACUGGGAUAACGUUGUGUUUCUAAAAGUAUAUAAUGGUCAGUUUAAAGCUAUAGAAAAGUAGUGAGUUUGUGUGAAUAUGGCAUAGCCUAUUCAGAAAAGCCCUUGUACUAGAAGAUUCUGUGUUUUGUAAUAUUUCUGUAUGGGGUGUAAUAAAUUAUUCUAUGACUGUACUUUCUAUGGGAAAAUACUUAAAACGUGACAGUCUUUGUAAGUAUUUAUCUUCAACUAAAUUAUUGUACUUUUUUUGCAAUUUGUAGAUACGUAAGUGAUGAUGACAAGGUAUUGGUAAUCAUGAAAUUAACUGUUUCAUCAUCGGUCUGAAGCAUCUUUUAAUUUAUUGAUGUAUAUACUGUAUGUUUGUUGAUAAACAGCUUACUUUAUUUUGUAUAUGACCAAUAAACAUGUUUUG